GUAAACCCCCGUCCCCCUAUCGCUUGCACUAAAAAAAACAAGAAAAACAAAGAAAAAUAAAGAUAUGGGUGAUCAAACUGCCACAAGGAACCUGCAGCUUCACCACAACCCAGUUUUUGAUGUCUCACUCAAUGUGGAAGGAGGCUCCAACUACAUUGAUGACGAUGGCCGCCCGAAACGAACUGGAACCGUUUGGACUUCAAGUGCUCACAUAAUUACUGCUGUGAUAGGAUCUGGUGUUCUGUCCUUAGCUUGGGCCAUGGCUCAGCUUGGAUGGAUUGCUGGUCCUAUUGUGAUGGUCUUGUUCUCCUUCAUCACCUACUACACUUCAAUUCUUCUUGCUGCCUGCUACCGUGAUCCGGUCACUGGAAAGCGAAACUACACUUAUUCGGAUGCUGUUCGAUCCAACCUUGGUGCACUUCAGGUCAAAUUCUGUGGAUGUGUUCAGAACGUGGCCCUUUUUGGAAUUUCUAUUGGCUUCAAUAUAGCAGCAGCUAUAAGCAUGGUGGCAAUACAGAGGUGUAAUUGCAACCACAAGAGUGGUGGAAAAAACCCAUGUCAUACAAACAACAAUCCCUACAUGAUAGCUUUUGGUAUCUCAGAAAUUGUGCUGUCUCAAAUUCCAAACUUUGAUAAGUUGUCCUGGCUCUCCAUUGUUGCUGCAGUCAUGUCCUUCACUUACUCAGGAAUUGGACUAGCCCUUGCAAUUGCUAAAGUUGCUGAAAAUGGAAAAAUCAAGGGAAAUAUCACUGGAAUUACCAUUGGCACUGUGACUCCAAUUCAAAAGAUGUGGAGGACCUUCCAAGCACUUGGUAACAUAGCUUUUGCCUACACUUACUCUAUCAUCCUCAUUGAAAUUCAGGACACAAUUAAAUCCCCACCGUCUGAGUACAAAACAAUGAAGAAGGCCACUCUACUUAGUUUGACAGCGACAUCCAUUUUCUACAUUCUGUGUGGCUGCAUGGGCUAUGCUGCUUUUGGAGACUUGUCCCCUGGAAACCUCCUCAGUGAUAAAGGUUUCCACAACCCAUAUUGGCUCAUUAACAUAGCCAAUGCUGCCAUAGUGAUCCACCUUGUUGGUGCAUACCAAGUGUUUGCACAACCCAUUUUCGCGCUCGUUGAGAAAACAGCAGCAAAAGUUUUCCCAGAUAGCCAAUUCAUCACAAAAGACAUCAAAAUCCCAAUCCCCGGUUUCGGUGUCUACAACCUUAACCUCUUCAGAUUGGUGUGGAGGACAUUUUAUGUGAUCAUAACCACUUUGAUUUCCAUGAUCCUCCCAUUCUUUAAUGAUGUGGUUGGAUUUCUUGGGGCUUUGGCAUAUUGGCCACUCACAGUUUACUUCCCUGUGGAGAUGUACAUUGCUCAAAAGAAGGUACCAAAGUGGAGCACAAAAUGGAUUUUCCUCCAAAUCAUAAGUCUUUCUGUCCUUGUAAUAGCUCUAGCUGCUGCAGCUGGAUCAGUUUCUGGUGUUGUUCAAAACCUCAAGAUCUACAAGCCCUUCAAGACCAGCAGUUGAUUUAGCAAAGCCUUUACUUGUAGUGCCAUUAUAAUUUCUCAAUGCCAAACACAAGAAUUCUAGCAAAACCUUAUUGAACUUUAAUUUU